GGGCAUUGUGGGCCGCCCGCUCCCGCCCCCGCUCGCCAUGUCGGGCUCCCCGGUGAAGCGGCAGAGGAUGGAGAGCGCGCUGGACCAGCUCAAGCAGUUCACUACCGUGGUGGCCGACACGGGCGACUUCAACGCCAUCGACGAGUACAAGCCCCAGGAUGCCACCACCAACCCUUCCCUGAUCCUGGCCGCCGCGCAGAUGCCCGCCUACCAGGAGCUGGUGGAGGAGGCCCUGGCCUACGGCAAGAGGCUGGGCGGGUCACAAGAGGAACAGGUUACAAACGCUGUCGAUAAGCUUUUUGUGUUGUUUGGAGCCGAAAUCCUCAAGAAAAUUCCAGGCCGAGUAUCCACGGAAGUGGAUGCCAGGCUCUCCUUCGACAGGGAUGCCAUGGUGGCCCGCGCCCGGCGCCUCAUCGAGCUCUACAAGGAGGCCGGGGUCAGCAAGGACCGCGUCCUCAUAAAGCUGGCGUCCACCUGGGAAGGCAUUCAGGCGGGAAAGGAGCUGGAGGAGCAGCACGGCAUCCAUUGCAACAUGACGCUGCUCUUCUCCUUCGCCCAGGCCGUGGCCUGCGCCGAGGCGGGGGUGACGCUCAUCUCCCCCUUCGUGGGCCGCAUCCUCGACUGGCACGUGGCCAACACGGACCAGAAGUCCUACGAGCCCCUGGAGGACCCCGGCGUGAAGAGCGUCACCAAGAUCUACAACUAUUACAAGAAGUUCGGCUACAAGACCAUCGUCAUGGGCGCCUCCUUCCGCAACACGGGCGAGAUCAAGGCCCUGGCGGGCUGCGACUUCCUCACCAUCUCGCCCCAGCUCCUGGGGGAGCUGCUCAAAGACACCAGCAAGUUGGUGCCCAUGCUCUCGGCCAAGGCGGCCCAGGCCAGCCCCCUGGAGAAGGUCCACCUGGACGAGAAGGCCUUCCGCUGGCUGCACAACGAGGACCGCAUGGCUGUGGAGAAGCUGUCGGACGGGAUCCGCAAGUUUGCCGCAGACGCCGUGAAGCUGGAGCGGAUGCUGACGGAACGAAUGUUCAGCACAGAGAACGGCAAAUAGCGCGGCGCCCAGGUGGGAGCGCAGAGCUGCGCCGACGACGGGGAGCUGGGCUCUAACUGCACACGCCUUCUGAGGAAUUCUGCAUUUUCUACUAAUUGGAGCGGGGACGAAUCACAGAUUCCUGAUUGUCAAAUUCUGCUCGGCACAUUAAAGCCAUCCCUUUUC